AUGCCGCCCUCCAACCGAGAAGACCGUUUCCCGGAGGAGACAGAACCUCUCCUCGAUCGAGAGAGCAGCAGUCAGCCCAUUCCUCGCCGUUGCGAGAGCUUCGGCUUGUCCUAUCGAGGAACCAUGACAGCCCUGCGUUUUGGUUGCUCGUACUUGCCCUGGAUAUUCCUCCCCCUAGGUAGCAUAGCAAGGCUACUGCAUUGGAAUGAUCUGUGGAUCUUCCUCUUCAACCUUUUAGCCAUCCCUUCGCUUUCCGCAGUAAUCUCCUCAUCCUCGGAUGAGCUGGCUGAUUACCUUGGAGAAUUGGCGGGGGGAUUGAUCAAUGCGACCUUUGGCAAUGCCGUGGAAUUGACUGCCGGUGUACUGGCUCUAGUCUAUGGCGAUAUACUAUUCGCGCAAUCUGUUAUGAUCGGAAGUAUUCUGUCCGAUGUCCUCCUGGUGUUCGGCUGCUGCCUCGUGUCUGCGUCUUAUAAUAAAGAUGUUCUGUACUUCAACACUGCCGUGGCCCAGUCCCUAUCCUCGUUGAUGACCAUCACCGCUGUCACAAUCAUACUUCCCACAGCCUUAUACUCGACAUUCCCCUCCGCGAACCUCGAAGACACAAUAAUCUCCUUCUCCCGCAGCACAUCUAUAGUCCUGCUUGCCCUCUACGUUGGAUACCUCUACUUCCAUCUAGGAACCCACAAACACCUCUUCGAGUCCCAGAAGCCUGACGACUCCAACGAAAGUCCCCGUCAUGGAACACCGCACUCCACCUACAUCACCUCUACCCUGAAACUCGUCGCCGCCGCUAUUGUAACCGUUAUCUGUACUCGUUUUCUUUUUGAAAGCAUCCACGGUACAACCAAGGUCACCGGGCUAACCAAAACCUUCAUUGCUGUGAUCCUUAUCCCGAUUGCAAGCAACAGCCCCGAAGGAACGGCUGUGAUCGCCGCGGCCCAGGUUGGCGACGUCGACAGCGCAAUCGGAGUCAUCGUCAAUAGCACUCUGCAAAUUGGUCUCUUUGUGAUUCCCUUCCUGGUGAUUCUGGGAUGGAUGAUCUAUCAGCCUAUGACGCUGUAUUUUGAGACUUCUCACACGGUAAUCCUGUUUCUUUCUAUUAUUGUUGUGAAUCAUCUGCUUCAGGAUGGGAGGUAUACCUAUAUCCACGGGGUGAUGUUGGUAGCUUUGUGA